AUGGUGAAGGGAAGAAGCAGUCCGUUGCUCUUGAUUCUCUUUGCAUUAGUCUUUCUCCUUCCCGUCUACUCUCUCCCUGGUUUAAACCGCAAGUUUUCCUUCAAUGGCCUUAUACUCAACUUGGGGUCUAGUAGUUAUGCGGUUAUAUUUGAUGCCGGAAGUACUGGCAGCAGAGUCCAUGUCUUCAGCUUCGACAAAGACUUCAAUCUUCUUCCAGUCGGCGAAGAUUUCGAGCUUCUUGUCACGACGACACCAGGUCUAAGUUCAUACGCGGAUGACCCUAAGGCAGCUGCUGAUUCGUUAAGGCCACUCCUACAGAAAGCAGAAGCAGCUGUGCCUAAACAGUUGCACUCUAAAACACCACUUAGACUCGGAGCUACUGCAGGACUGCGACAGUUGGAAGGUGACGAAGCUGAAAGAAUUUUGGAAGCUGUCAGAGAGCUUUUUAAGAAGGAAAGCACCCUCGAGUACAAGGAAGAGUGGGUGUCUAUUCUUGAAGGAUCACAGGAAGGUGCUUAUCUUUGGGUUGCUAUAAACUACUUAUUAGGGACACCAGGCAAAAAAUACUCGAGCACAGUUGGUGUGAUCGAUCUUGGAGGUGGAUCAGUGCAGAUGGCUUAUGCUAUCUCAAAGGAAGGUGCUGCCAACGCCCCCGUGGCAAAGGAUGCAUAUGUUCUCGAAAAGAACAUUGUUGGAACAACAUAUUAUGUUUAUUCUCACAGUUACUUGAACUACGGACUUAAAGCAGCUCGAGCUCAAAGUCUGAAGCUUUCUGGUGGCCAUGGCAAUCCAUGUGUCACAAAUGGUUAUAAGGGAACAUACGAUUAUUCCGGGGUGAUUUAUAAUGUAUCGGCUCCAUUAUCUGGAACAAGCCUAAGGAGAUGCAGAGCAUUAACUGGAGAAGUACUUAAACUUGAUGCACCUUGCCCAUACAGAAACUGCUCAUUUGACGGUGUUUGGAAUGGUGGAGGUGGCGAUGGCCGGAAGAAUCUUUAUGUUGCAUCAUUCUUCUAUGACACUGCUGUUGGGGCUAGUAUUAUUAAGCAAAAUGUGCCGUCUGUCAAAGUUCCUCCGAUUGUAUACUGGAAUGCAGCUAAGGUUGCUUGCAGGGCUAACGUCCAAACUAUAAAAUCUAAAUUCCCUCAAAUUGAUGAAAGAGACGUGCCAUUUCUGUGUAUGGAUCUUGUAUACGAGUACACAUUGCUUGCACAUGGUUUUGGCGUAGAUCCCCUUGAAGAGGUCACCGUGUUAAACCAAGUAGAAUACAAAGGUUCCUUGGUUGGGGCAGCGUGGCCUCUUGGAUGUGCAAUUGAAGUCCUAUCAUCGUCGUCUGCUUGA